AUGUUUCGGGUCCAAAUUGCUACCGUUUUGAUUAUUGCUGCGCUAGCAACAGUGACCUGUGAUAAAUAUCUCGACAAAAAACCGGAAUUUUUUACACCUUGCAAGCAAACGGAUCCCAACUUUAAACAAUGUUUUGCAAAGGAUUUUGAAGUUGUGUUCUCUAAGUAUAAAGAUGGUGUACCUGGACUUAAGAACUUCGGAACCAUUGAUCCAUUGCAUGUUAAACGUGUUGUUGUGGCUGAAGAUGGCAAUAGUCCUGUCUCCAUCAACCUAGCUCUCUCCAACAUAGAAGUUCUUGGCUUCAGUAACACCAAAGUACUCGAAGCCAGUUUUGAUCAGACAAAAUACAUUACGAAGCUGAAAUUUGUAGUCCCCGAUAUAAAAAUUCUAUCUGAUUACGAGGGUAAAGGACGUGUAUUAACAUUGCCAUUGAAUGGCAACGGAAAGGCUCAAAUGGAUAUUAAAAACCUAACUGCUAAUGUAAUAUGCAAACUUAAACGUCGCGACGAAUAUGGUAUGAAAUUUACGGACAUACAAAAAGUUCGGAUGGAUAUUGAUGUUGGUGGAUUUCAUAUAAAUUUGGAAAACCUUUUUAAUGGCCAAGAGGUUUUGGAACAAACGGCCAAUAAUUUAUUCAAUGAUAAUUGGAAAGAACUGUUCGAAGCUUUACGGCCAUCAAUUACAGCAACAAUACAAACAGUUCUGGAGGAUCGUUACAAAAAAUUGUUUGCUUAUAUUCCGGCAACAUAUUUUAUCGAAGAUUUAGAAUAA